CAGCAACCCGGUGUAGCCCUAUUCCGAUUCGGCGGUUGGCUGCAACAGUUGGAGGAUACCUUGUUACGCUGUUCAACAUCAUAUGACAGACAGACAGAACCGGCAACUCCCAGAAAUUUUCACACGAUGUUUCUCUCAACGGACCAACAACAAAAGCCUGACGACCUCAUCUUUGAGGCAAAUGGAAAUGGGAGUCACAGAGUGACUGAUGAGGAUGAUGCUACCACAGCUGUGGAGUCAUCUGUUCCAACACACCCUCUUGGGAUCAAGCCUCUAGGCAACAAGUACUUCCACACUGGCAACGAUGCCCGGGUCAGUUUGGGUGACCUGCAAGUCUUGCCCGAUGAGAUGCUUGCCCAACUCUUUGAGUAUCUGGAUAAGCGUACCUUGAGGCUUCUCGGCUAUGCCUGCAAAUUUCUCUACGCUCAUUGCAGCUACGACGACCUCUGGAAAACCAUCUUCUUAGAGUCUGAAUUCAAAGACAAGUCCUCUUUCCAAUGGCAGGGCUCCUGGAGGGCAACCGUUCUCGGCCUCUCACCCGAGAAGCGCAUCAAGAUCGACUGCAGCAACGUUUUCUCUGAUGUCUUGCAUCGUCCGUUUGUCUGCAGUCACAUCUCGUUGCCCAAGUACACGAGAAACAUCCCGCCAGCGAACAAGAUCCCUAGUCUUGACGACCUGACGUACGAGGAGUUUGCAGAGAAAUGGAGCAAGAAGCCAUUUAUCCUUACCAGGUGUAUUCAGUCGUGGCCGGUCCUCAAGUCCUGGAAUAUGGAGACACUACAUAAAAUGUACUCGGAUGUGGUCUUCAGAGCUGAGGCGGUGGACUGGUCCUUCGACACGUACUACCAGUACAUGAUGGACAGCCACGACGAAAGCCCCCUUUACUUAUUCGACAAGAAGUUCGCCGAAAAGAUGAAAAUCGAGGUCGGCAAGACCAAGGAUGCCGCUUACUGGAACCCAGACUGCUUUGGAAAGGAUCUCUUCGAGCUACUCGGUGCUGAGCGGCCGGCGCAUCGCUGGAUGAUUAUCGGGCCUGAGCGGAGCGGCUCUACCUUCCACAAGGACCCGAACGCUACAAGCGCCUGGAAUGCGGUCAUUCAGGGAGUCAAGUACUGGAUCAUGUUCCCGCCAUCAGCCCAGGUCCCCGGCGUCUAUGUUUCCGAGGACCAGAGCGAAGUCACCAGUCCUCUCAGUAUUGCGGAGUGGCUCCUCGAGUUUCACGCAGAGGCCCGGAGACUGCCCGAAUGCAGAGAGGGCAUUUGCCACGCAGGCGAGAUCCUUCACGUCCCCAGUGGCUGGUGGCAUUUGGUGGUGAACAUUGAGCCCGGCAUCGCUCUCACUCAGAACUUUGUGCCAAAGGCACACCUGUCGGGUGUGUUGUCGUUCUUGAAGUACAAGGCCGACCAGAUUUCGGGAUUCAAGAAAGAGGUCGAGGACCCGUACACGCUCUUUGUUGAGCGCUUAAGGGUCGAGUAUCCUGAGCUCUUGGAGGAGGCUGUGAAGCAGAUGGAGGAGAAACAGGGAACUAAGAAAAGGAGAUGGGAUCAAGUGGUCGGUCAUGACAGUGCCGAGGGUGGACCAGAGCAGAAGAAGGGCGGAGGUUUUUCCUUUGCCUUUGGCUUCGGCGACGAUAUCGACGAGGAGGAUGAAAUCCCCGAGAUUACCGGGACCGAUGAAAUGGACAUCUGCUGACUCUUAUAACCAGAUGGAUGGCAUCACAUUGGUAUGCGUGUAACUACGUACGUACCUAAAAGCAUACCGUCUAGACAUCAUAUA